GUAAUUUUUGUCGCUAAGAAAAAACGAAACCGCAAGAAACUUUUUAAUUUAAUAUAUAAAAUUAUAUAAUUAAAACGAUUUAUUAAGGCUAUAAGAUAAAUGUAAAAAUGGGAUGCGCAAGUAGUUCACCAUUUAUUUCAACUGCUGGUAAUGGUGCAUUAAAAACUGCUAAUGACGCAGCUAGUAAAAUGAUACAUAGUGGUGAAGAAACGCUAACAGAAAUAAAAGACACAAUUGGUGAAAAAGCAAAUCAUGUAAAAGAAGCUAUUGUUGGUGCUGCACAAAAUGUUGGACAUGAAAUUGAAAAUGCUUUUCAUGGUACUAAAAAAGAAAUUAAAGAUACUGAAAAUAAAGUUGAAGAAAAAAUUGAUAAAAUUACUGAAAAUUUAACUACAAAAGAGGAACCAAAAGAAUCAACCGAUUUUAAAAUAAUACCAUUAAAAGAUCCAAAUGAAAAAUUGGUUGAUGAAACAUUAGAUGAAAUCGCAAGUACAUUUGAUGAAACAACAGCUGAAAUUAAAGAUAAUUCAGAGAAUUUAAUGAAAAAUUUAAUUAAAGAUACAAAAAAUGAAAUUGAUAGUGGUAUAGAUAAUGUUAAAGAAAAUAUUGAUAAUAUUGAAAAUAUUAUAACAAAUAGUGAUAAUACAGAUAUGCAAUCGAUUGAUAGCCUUAAAACAUCAUCACCAGAUCCAGAAAUUGAAAAAAUUUUAUCAAAUGAUAAAGAAAAUAAUAAUCCACCAACACCAGUACCAACAUUAUCUGAAUUAGAAAAAUUACACUUAAUGGGUAAAAAUACAAUAACAAAUAUUGAAAAUGAAUUUGAUGAAAAUAAAGAGAAAUUAAAUAAGAUGACAUCGAGUACAAUUAAUAAAAUUGAUGAUGAAUUAAAUGAUGGUAAAGAGAAAUUAAAUAAAAUGGGCUCGAAUGCAAUUCAUAAUAUUGAAAAUGAAUUAGAUGAUAUUAAAGAUAAAUUUAAUGUAAUGGGUACAAAAACAUUUAAUACAAUUGAAAAUGAAAUCACUGAUAUUAAAGAAAAUUCAAAAAAGAAUUUAUCAUCAGCUGUUGAAUCAAUAGAAAAAGAAAUAAAUGCAGCAAUUACAAAUACUUGAAUAUAAAAUCGAACAAAAAGAAAAAUUAUUUAAAUUAAAUGAAAACAAAAUUAUUGUUAAUUACUAAAAACGCGACAAACAAAAAAAAAAUUAACUUCAGAAAGCCAAAUAAACAACAAGAAAAUACAACAAAUUUUAUAUACAAACAUCUAAAAACAAAUAUAUACAUAAAUACAUACAAACAAUAUCAAUCAAUUAUAAAUUGGAAGAUUAAACUUAAGUUGAAAAGUAAGAGAAUUAAUUAAAGAGGCUCGGAUUAUUUAUUUACAAUUUCAAUUAAAAAAAAAAGGAAACUGUUGAAAAUGUGCGAGGAAAAUGUUGAUUGCAUUCAUAUGAUAUCGUUCGUCGACAAGCGGAAACGGAUUUUCUUUAGCCUUUAAAAAUAUUUUUUAUACUGAAUUUAAAAAUUAACUUACAAAAAAUUUAUUAUAAUUUUUCAUUUAAAUUUAAGAAUAAUAUUAAUUUCAAUUUUUUGACGCUUCGAAUUUUUUACUCUGGAUAAUAAUUUAGUGGAAAGGAUUCAUAAAAAAAACAAACUGAUUCUACUAUAAUUCUACCUUAAUCAAAUUGCAAUAAGUCAGAAAUGUCGGAACUUUAAAUAGACAAACUUAUCAAUGUUAUCAUAAAUGAAAUUUCAUAAUAUGUAUAAGAUUAAUUUUUUAAUAUUUCUAAUUAAUUUGGUUAUAAGUUACCUGAUUCGUUUGUAUAAUGGAAAAUAAAUCUGUAAAUAUGGGACGACUAAUAAAUAAUCGCCCAAUUAAGAAAUUUUUUCGUAUUUAAGUAAAAGAAGCAAUAGUAUGAACUACUUCUAUAAAGAAUAUAAAAUUGACUGUGGGAGCACGAAAUUGAAUUGGAAUUGAAACAAAUAAUAAAAUGAUAAAAUUAAAAGCUCAAUUUUAAAUAUAUAACUUAAAAAACUUACAAAUUUAUAAUAUGAAUAUACAAUUAAUUUUAAUUUUAUUUUAUAAUUAAUAAUAGUACGUAUAUAAUUGCAAUAUUAAGAACUUCUGUAUUAUA